UGGUGUGCCGUAAAUAUUUUGUCAAAAUUUGUAAGUUAUUGCCAUCCAAGUGCUCCACAGAGAAUGUUAGGUGGCAGUUUAGGAAAUGACUGUGUCCUCUGGCCCGCUGCCCUCCAGCUGCUCAACUUCCCUUCGCCACAGCAGCAGGAGCAGACUUCAGGACCUCUGGUUCGCUACGAGUAUCCUUCGAUACCCCAGCUACGCCUAGCUCACCGCAGACUAAGGGCACCGCGUUCGGUUGUGGGAGGCGAAGGAGCCGGAGGACAGGAGACCGGAAAUGGCGCCUCAUCGAAAGUGAUCUUUGUGCGGAGGUGCUACAUGAUGGCCGGCUUGUACUGCAUCAAAGCUGCGCUCCUUGUCAUAAUUCUGUCCAAGGCCAUUCCUCCGGAUGCAGAUCUCACAAUGGCAGGCUUCAUUUGCGCAAUGGUUUCCCUGAUGGUUCUCUUUGUCCUAAGUAUUUCGGCCAGGUUGCGGCGGAUUUAUUGGUUCAGUUUCAUCAUGGCCGGGUUGUUUGUGAGUCUGGCCGGGUUGGGCGUAUCUCUGCUUCUCCUGGAGCGGAAUCUUGUCCGGGUGUGCAUUGCCCUCCUGGUGGCGUCUGCCAUGACUGUGAUCUGCUAUAUCGCUGGCGCAUGGCUACCCAAGAUGUUCCUACCCGGAGAGAGGACCAUGUUCCUCCUGCUCGUCAUCUACGCGUUGGCCUCCAUCUUUGUGAUGACCAUGUUAAUUUUCACGGACAAGUGGAUCUACCAGUUGGCGUACUUCACGCUAUUGGCCACUUUGCUAGUACCCGCAUCCGUUUAUCAUGCUCAGGUGGUUCAUUCCAGGCGAUUCCAGCUGCCCGACUACGAGUUUGUGAUUUGUGCCGUCAACGUGUAUCUGCACUUUCUGUUGUUCUUUGCGGCCCUCUACUUUGUCAUCUGGGCUCCCAAAUGGUGAGAGAUGCAGGCUGGAUACAGGAGUUCCUUGAUCGGGAAGAUGGCCAUGUA